AUGUCUGUCAGCAGGAACGCCAUCCUUCGCCUCAUCAAUGCUUCCCAGCACUCUGCCUGCCCGUGCCAUACAUGCAGCGCUGCUACUCGUGCUCACGGACACGCACAUGGUCUCAACCAACUCAGACGGUUCGCGUCGCCUGGGGUGCAACCAGUAGAGAAGGAAUAUGCGUUUGAAGUUGCUGCGUCUAACUUGAGAUUUGGAGAUGGUGUUACUUCCGAGGUCGGGAUGGAUCUCAAAAACAUGAAGGCUCGGAAGGUUGGAGUUCUCACAGAUCCAAAUAUUGCAAAGCUUCGACCAAUGAAAAACGCCUUGGCUUCCUUGGAGGCGCAGACGGAUCUACCAUUCGAGGUCUAUGAUAGAGUCGUCGCGGAACCUACAGAGGAAAGCUGGAGAGACGCCAUUGGAUGGGCUAGAGAACAUGACUUUAGUCACUUCAUGGCUGUCGGCGGUGGAAGUGUCAUAGAUACUGCUAAAGCUGCUAAUCUAUUCAACACGUAUAAGGAUGCCGACCUCAUGGAUUUUGUCAACGCACCAGUUGGAAAAGGACUGCCUAUCUACGAAAAACUGUCGCCUCUCAUUGCCAUCCCUACUACAGCAGGGACUGGUUCCGAGACCACUGGUGCAGCUAUCCUGGACAUUACGUCUCGUUCAUUCAAGACAGGCAUUGCUAGCCGAGCCUUAAAGCCUGUCCUUGGAAUUGUUGACACCAUGAACACAGAAUCUUGUCCUCGAGAGGUACAGAUUAGCUCGGGCCUAGACACCUUGUUCCAUAGUAUGGAAAGUUACACGGCUAUUCCGUAUACGGAGCGCGUGCCCCGUCCAUCUAACCCGAUAUUGCGACCCGCAUAUCAAGGAAGCAAUCCAGUCGCAGACAUUUUUUCCAUGUGGGCACUGCAAACUACUGUCAAAUACUUGCCUCGCAUAGCAAAGAAUCCGGAAGAUGAGGAAGCAAGGCGACAGAUGCUGUUGGCGUCAUCAUUUGCUGGUAUCGGAUUUGGAAAUGCUGGUGUGCAUUUGUGCCACGGGAUGAGUUAUCCUAUAUCUGGUCUUAACAAGAAGGGACCCAAGUACAAACACCCCGGAUAUCUUGUUGAUACUCCUAUUAUUCCUCACGGAGUCAGUGUUGCUAUCACUGGUCCCGCAGUUUUCCAAUUCACCGCUCCUUCGUCUCCUGACCGUCAUCGUCAAGCAUUAGCGGUAUUCACAAAUACGACCAUCUCUGAUCCUUCUAUCAUGUCUAUCCCUGACUCCGAUAUCGGCUCCCACCUAUAUGAAGCCAUCGCGCGUUUCUUGGAUAGAGUGGGAGUUCCUCGAGGACUGAAAGCUCUCGGAUAUACUACCAGUGACAUUGACAAGCUUGUUGAUGGCGCAAUUCCCCAGAGGCGAGUUUUGGAUUUGGCACCUGGAAUCGGAAACGUCGCUGGAGAGGAUGGGCGAGAGUAUCUCACAAGGAUUAUUGAGCGAUCUAUGGAGUACUGA